UAUGGGAAGAAUUCUCGCCGCUGAGAUUUCAGUACAAAUCUCGGGGACACGUGCACAUCGAGCUGCUGUUCGCACGUCGUGCUCACGGCGAUGGUGAACCGUUCGACGGCAAAGGUCAGAUUCUAGCGCACGCAUUCUUUCCGAGAUUCGGUGGUGAUGUGCAUUUUGAUGAGGAGGAAUUGUGGAGUCCGAAUAAGAGAAUCGGUUCGUAA